AUGGGAUCUGCCACCCCGAGUGCGGCUGGGGUGGCGGAUCUUCAGGUGAUCCUUAUUUCCUAUGAAUUCAACACCAGGAAGUUUUCAAUGGUCAUCACCAGACGCAGCGUCCUACCACAGCUUCAACAGCAGGCAGCACUCGGACACUGCCGACAACUAGUCCCCUUAGUGUGUGUGCUGGGAGGACCUGAGCCACCUCCACCCCACCCUGCCCUGACACACUGGAUCCCCACCAAACCUCUCCCUGCCCCUCCCUGUGGGGGAGGAGGAGGUCUGCGCCCCGCCCGCCCCGGCCCAAUCACCUUCAGGCUUGGGGCAAAGGGUGCGCUGCGGCUGCCCCGCCCUGACCUGAAGGGCUUCCUGCCACAGGAGGAGGAGGAGGAGGAGGAAGAGGCGCGGGUGCCCCCCCGGGGGACACGACAGCGGCUACGACGAGCCCUCCGUCCUGCACCCCCCGGCCCCCGAGCCCCGCCCCACCCACCAUCAGCCACACCAGUCCCUACCACAGCCUCUGUCCCCCGCCCCACACCAGGAGCGACUCAGAGCUGCCCUCCGCUGCGCCCCCUGCUCCCCCUAAAGCAGCAGCAGCAGCAGCAACAGCCACAGCAGGUGUACAGCUGGCCCUACCCUCCACAACCACAGCAGUUCCAGUACCCUUAUGAUGCAGCUGAGGGGACUGACACUGCCACCACCACCACCACCACUGCCACCACCGCCACAACAAGGGUUAUUCAGGUGUUGCCCCAAUAUGCUUCAACCCCACAGCCCCACUCCCCCAUGACAGUGCAGGCAGGGAAUGUCAUACAGGCUACCACCACCAUGACCACCAUGACCACCACCACCACCAUGACCACCGCCACCACCACCACCACCACCACCACCACCACCACCACCACCACCACCACAGCACUCAGCGUGGCACAGAAGGAACAGAGCCAGGCGGAAAACAAGGACUAAGAUCCACUGCCACUUCCAAAUAAGGUAAUACAUGAA